AUGGAAUUCUUUAAGCAGAAGAUGGGUCACAGUCGCUGUGACCUUGAGCAGUCGCGGGGGCCUGAAAGCCUGGGGGGCUGCGGGCAGGGGCCCGGUCCCCGCAGGGCAGGUCCGCCGCGCCGCCCCUCCCGCAGCCGGUGCCCGCCCUCCCGCUGCCGGUGCCCGCCCGUCGCCCGCCUCCCGUCACUGCAGCGCUCGCGCCGGCCCAUCGAUCAGGCCGCCUCGGCGCAGACUGCCCAGCUCGGCGAGUCUUGCGGCGGCGGCACUUCGGGGCCGAUUGGGGCAGGGGCGGGGCGGGGCCUCCGCGCCCCGGGGGGACCGACGCCCCCUGACAUCGGGGACCGCGGUCUCUCCCGCCUCCUCCGGGUCUCUGUCCGUCGAGGGGCACGGGCUGGGGUCCGGCUCCCAGGAGGUCGGUGGGGUCGGGCGAGUCCGCGGCCAGGGGGCCGGUGCCCGCGCCGUCCUUCCGGGGAGUGGAGGCGCGUCCCGGAGGGAGCGGACCCCGCGGGUUGGGGCGCGGGGACAGGUUUCCUCCCCGGGCCUCCUUGCGACGAGCUGCAGAGCGAGCGGCGGGCCGACGUGCCCCGCGCCCAGCCCCGCUCUCCUGUCGUCGGGACGCCCCCGACUAGCGUCGCGUCGUCCCCGGCCCCGCGGCUCGCGCGGUUUCCAGCGAAGGUUCUUUCACCACCGGCUCAAGCGUCGGGGACCCGCCGCCCCGCCGUCGUGGGAGGGGCGGGGAGGGUCCACCAACGCUGGGAGCCCGAGACCCCGGAGCAGGGGGACGGAGUGCAGGGACUGCCUGGCAGUGAUGGUCCAGAGGAGCCCGGACAGGACGCGAGGGGGGCCGGGGGUGCCCCUCGCCUCUUCCCGAACCCCGUGACUCAGCACGACCGAGGACGUGCCUCCCGGACACCCCCAGCCCGUGCUGUGUGCGGGUCUCUCCCUCUGCAGCUCCCCUCCUCCCCUGUUGAGGUGGAGGAGCAGCGACUAACAAGCUGCUGCCGUUCUAAAGAGAAGCUCCAGCCCAGCAAGGAGCGGCGGGUGCUGCAGUAUUGCAGUGGCCUGGCUUCUGGAGAGAUGGUGAUGUGUGGGGCUGGAGGAAAACGUUCAUCUGUAUCCCCUGAAGCAAAUCGUUUCCCCGCCCCCCCGCUGGUCCGGGAGGUCCCCCUCCCCUCCUUCCUCCAGCCAAUCCCCGCACCCGUCAGCCUCGUAAAGCUCGUGGGUGACGGGGGUGGGGAGUGUCGCAGGAGGCCACGGGGUGGGCGGGACUUCUCCGCAGAGCCCGCGCGCCGUGGGGCUCCGGGGGCGCCAAGCCGGCCACGCCCGCUCCAAACUUCUGUAGGACUCCGCCGGGUCACAGCCCUGUGCACCCACCCCGAGUCCCCCCGGCACACGCCUCCCCGUCGCCUGUCGCCCUUCCCUCCCCACCCACUGACCGUCCCGACGGGAGACGGGGGCCGGGGCCCCGCGCCGCGGUGUGCGGGGAUCGCCCUCGGAGCGGCCGGCGCGCGCUGCGUGCAGGCGGAUGUGAGGAGCAUCUCAAUCGCGGCGGGGCAGCGGGACCGGUUGUCACUACUGCAGAGAGCGGGCGGGCGGCCGGGCGAGGCGGGGCAGGACAGCCGCAGCGGCCCGCGGCCGGGGAGCGGGGAGCGGGGACCUGGGCGUCGGGACCCCGGCCGCCCCCGCCCUGCGCCCCCUGCACGAGCUCAGGCCGAACCGCGCCUGGAACGUCGCCGGGUAAGAGGGAGCUCGGGGCGGGGGUCCCCCGCGAGGGCAGCCCGGAGUCCCCGGAGAAGCCGCAGCCCGACCACCGGCGGCCACUCGGAAGGCCCGGGGCGCCGGCGGAUGCGGGGUCGCCCCACCCCGGUACUCGGACCGUUCGGUCGGGCAGUCACCACCGGGUACACUCAGGGCGGGACAGAGCCCGCGGCAGGGAACUGGAAUCCGGAAUCCGCUUGCGUCGGAACUACCCGGUUAGUCCCGAAGGACGGAGGUGUCGCGAAUUAUCCCGGGAACCCCGCGCCCUCGGCUGGAUUCUCCUCGCCGGGAACCCGGGGCGCGCUGGAGGAGGCGGCGGGGGCGGCCGCGGUGCCUCCGCGCUAG